UUGGCGAGUUCUUAGUGAAUGGCGAAAAUUGUUUGUAAAGAUGGCUCAAGUACUGUUUAUUUUAUAUGAGCAUGCCUCAGGGUAUGCCCUUUUUAGAGUGAAAGAAUUUGAGGAGGUAUCAGUAUUACAGAGUCAGGUAGAAAAAUGUGUAACAGAUCUCAGCAAGUUCCAGUCUGUUGUCAAACUAGCAGCUUUCUCACCUUUCAAAAGUGGUACCAAUGCACUGGACAACAUAAAUAGUGUUUCAGAAGGUUUAGUGCAUGAAGAUUUACAGAUAUUCUUAGAGAGCAAUGUACCUAAAUCUUCUAAGAAACAGAAAAUCAUUUUAGGUGUUGCUGAUGCUAAGAUAGGAGCUGCCAUUACUGAAGAACUUAAAAUUCAAUGUUCUCAGACUGGAGCUGCCCCAGAAAUCAUCAGAGGAAUCAGAGCUCAUUUCCAUAAUUUAGUCAAAGGUUUAACAGAUCAAUCAGCAGGAAAAGCACAACUAGGUUUAGGUCACAGUUACUCAAGAGCAAAGGUCAAGUUCAAUGUCAACAGAGUUGAUAACAUGAUCAUUCAGAGUAUCAGUUUGUUGGACCAGUUAGACAAAAAUAUUAACACCUUUGCUAUGAGAAUGAGAGAAUGGUAUUCCUACCAUUUCCCAGAAUUGGUGAAAAUAGUUAAUGACAACUACUUGUAUGCUAAGGCAGCGAAGUAUAUAGGAAAUAGGAAGGAGUUUACAGAAGAAAAAGUAGAGGAAUUAGAGGAGAUUGUCAUGGAUAGUGGGAAAGCUAGGGCCAUUUAUGAUGCUUCCAGAUCAUCUAUGGGUAUGGAUAUAUCACCUAUAGAUCUGAUUAACAUAGAGAGUUUUGCCAGUAAAGUUAUUUCCUUGGCAGAGUACAGAAAAAGCUUGGCAGAAUAUCUAAGGAACAAGAUGAAACAAGUAGCACCAAACUUGGCCACACUUAUUGGUGAACAGGUUGGAGCUCGUUUAAUAGCUCAUGCAGGAAGUCUAACUAAUCUGGCCAAGUAUCCAGCAUCUACUGUACAGAUCUUAGGAGCAGAAAAGGCUCUCUUCAGGGCAUUAAAGACAAAAGGGAACACACCAAAAUAUGGGUUGAUAUUUCAUUCUACAUUUAUUGGAAGAGCAGGAGCUAAGAAUAAAGGUCGUAUUUCUCGUUACCUUGCCAACAAGUGUUCUAUUGCAUCAAGGAUUGACUGCUUUACUGAAUUUCCCACCAAUGUGUUUGGUGAACAUCUGAAGCAACAGGUUGAAGAUCGUCUGAAGUUUUAUGAGACUGGGGAUGCUCCCGCUAAAAAUGUGGAUGUUAUGAAAAUAGCAGUGGAAGAGGCCACAGAAGUUCAAGCUAAAUUAGCAAAGAAAGAAAAGAAAAAGAAGAAGAAAGAGAAGCGAAAAUCUGAUGCAAUGAAUGACACCAUGGAAACAACACAGGAAGUGGAUACCACACAGGAGGAAGAUGAACCUCCUAAAAAGAAAAAGAAAAAGAAGAAGUCACAGGAUGAGGAAGCCCCCGAAGCAGAGAUCUCUAUGGAAGUAGAGCAAUCAUCUGCCAAAAAGAUGAAAAAGAAGAAGAAAAAGAAACAAAAAGAUUCCUCAGAUAGUGAUUGAAGGAAUGUUUUAA